CUGGAAUCAUGCAGAGAGGAGCUUGUGCUAUCAGCACGACUUGAUGGCUUGGAGAAAGCGCUCAUACUUUUCAGAGUGGGGCUAAGUAGGAAGUAUGUUGUAAAUCAUGGCAUAAAAACUGAGCCUCUUUGUCCAUCUCUUGUAUUCAUUCCACUAGCAGAGUGACCUGGUUUGUGGGGCGACAAGCUGUUGUGCUGUGAGCACAGGAGGUGGUGGUGCUGAAGAAAUGUGGGAAUCUCAUGCUCAGCCCAUGAGAUUUGACAAGUCUGGAGCAAUGCAGAGACUGAGGCCUUGUUUAAAUUGCAUCUUAACCUGGGGUGUGAUUUAAAACCAAGAUGCUUAAAGUUGUGCCAGUACUUAUGUGGGCACCUGUUUCAAUUUAAUUUGAUUAAACAUUUAAAGCAUAAUGAGAAAGGCCGUCUUAGCACUGGGGGAAAAAGGAUGUAAGUUAUUUUCCCUGUGGAUAAAACCUUGCUUUCCAAACUUUCAGUUCUCAUGUGUGAAUUACUCAAAAGAAAACGUUCUUUGCAUUUUGUAUCUGACCUGUGGUAAGGAAAAAAAAAAUAGAACCACCUAAAAUUUGGCAAAAGUAUAUGUUAAAAUCAGUAUCAAACUUUAUUAGAUUCAUGCAAAUAGUAUUAGUAAGGUCAUAUAACCAGCUGGGCCCAUAUCCUCCUCUCAGCCAUUAUUUGCCUGGGGAAGAUGCAGAACUUAAAUGCAAUAUGAAGUCAGGAAAAUCAACUGAGUUUUAAUAGUUAAAUUAGGUUUUGCAAAAUAUCCCACUUAAAGAAGCGUGAACUCCAAGUUAAUGAGUGCUUGCUCUACAACAGUCCUUCUGCAAUUUACCUUUCCAUUAUGCCACGCCAUCUUUUCUCUUACUCCCAAAUACUGUGUAUUAUUUCUGGGGGCAGAUAAUAAUUUUGGUCUGGUAGGGUCCUACUGUACACCUUGAAUGUAAACUGUGGCAGAGAGAAGUGGCCAAUACGUGGGAGUAGUGGGUCUUUUUCUCAAUCUCCAAGGUAAAGCAGUGCAUGAAAUGAGCCCCAAACCCUGUCUAAGAACCGAUUUUUAGUCAAGGUUUUGUCAUAUUUGAAGUGAAAGUUGUUUCUCACAUCUGUCUAACAGUAUGUGUUUUCUUGUCCCCUGGGAGCAGUGGAGUGAAGUGCAGCAGAUGAUAAAUGGUACCCCGAUCUACAUGUACCAGGACUGCAGUGUGCUUUCUGAGGGCGACACCGAUCACUGGCUUCGCACCAACUGGAUUUAUCGGGGUGAGGCAGCCUCACGCAUUUAUGUGGAGCUAAAGUUUACUGUGAGGGACUGCAAGAGCUUCAAAGGUGAAGUGGUGACCUGCAAAGAGACCUUUAAUCUCUAUUACAUGGAGUCUGAACAAGAUGUUGGGAUCCAGUUCCGCCGCCCACUGUUCACCAAGCUCAACACUGUGGCAGCAGAUCGAAGUUUCACAAGCAGAGACAUCGAGUCGGGAGCCAUGCAGCUGAACACAGAAGUGUGCUCCAUUGGGAAGCUCUCUCGCCGGGGCUUCUACCUGGCUUUCCAGAACUCUGGGGCUUGUGUAGCGAUGGUGUCUGUCCGAGUGUAUUACAAGACUUGCCCAGAGGCAGUGCGGGGCCUGGCCCGUUUUCCAGAGACGCUGGCAGGGUCAGAAGGGCUGACAGAAGUGCCUGGGGUCUGCGUGGAGUACGCAGCUGAAGAAGUGGGCUCUCCCCCCAGGAUGCACUGCAGCACUGACGGGGAGUGGCUGGUACCAGUGGGCCGAUGCCUUUGUGCUGUGGGGUUUGAGGAAGUCGAUGGGAGCUGCGUAGCCUGCCAGCGAGGGUUCUACCGCCAUUCCCUGGAUGCUAAACGCUGCCUGAAGUGUCCCCCCAACAGCUUGUCCAACGAGUCAGGGGCCACAUCUUGUUCCUGCAAUGCAGGCUUCUACCGAGCACCUUCCGAGGGCCAGAACAUUGCUUGCACCCGCCCACCCUCGGCUCCCCGAAAUGUCAGCUUCUCCCUCAUUGGCACCCAGCUGAGUCUGUGGUGGCAGCCACCCAGUGACCACGGCGGGAGGAAGGACCUGACUUACACAGUCUUCUGCCAGCGCUGCCAUUUCCUGUCCUGUGAGCCCUGUGAGGCUGGUGUGGUGUUCUCCCCCAGUGCCUCUGGUCUCACAAAACCUGCAGUGGAUGUGGAUGGCCUAGAAGCUUACACCAAUUACACAUUCACUGUGGAAGCCCAUAAUGGCGUCUCAGGAAUGGGACCUGCUCCACAGAGAACUGCUCCAGCUGUCUGGGUCUCAGUUGGACAUGCAGCUCCAGUGACAGUAUCCCAGUUUAUUCUGACACAGAGAGAUGACAGUAGUCUUUCUGUUUCUUGGCUUGCCCCACGGCAACGCAGCCGGACCUCAGUAGAGUAUGAGGUCAUGUUCUUUGAGAAGGGAGAGGAGGCACGUUACACAGUGAAGCACCUUGUUGAGCCGAAUGUCACUCUGAGAGACCUGCAGCCAGACACAGCCUACCUGCUCCGUGUGAGAUCCAUCACACCCCUUGGGCCUGGGCCCUACUCCCCAGAGCAGGAGUUUCGCACCCUUCCACCAGACACAGGAGCUCUGUCUGGUGGAGUCAUAGUCUCUAUUAUCUUUGGAGUUCUCCUAUUUAUUGGGCUGAUUGUGGGAUUUCUCAUGUUUCGGCAAAAGAGGGGCCGUCGGAGACGUGCACGGCCAGAUUACAAUACUUCGGGCUUUGAGCGAGAGAAGGUCUGGUUGAAACCCUAUGUAGACCUGCAACCAUAUGAUGACCCCAGCAGAGGGGUUCUGGAAUUCACUAAGGAACUGGACAUCUCUUGUGUCACCAUGGAGAAUGUGAUUGGAGAGGGGGAGUUUGGGGAGGUCUAUCGUGGGUCCCUGCGACUCCCAGGGAAAGAACGUAUUGUGGUUGCCAUCAAGACUCUGAAGUCAACAUAUUCAGACUCACAGUGGUGGAACUUCCUGCGUGAAGCAACAAUUAUGGGGCAGUUCAAUCACCCGAACAUUGUGCGUCUGGAGGGAGUUGUCACCAAAAGGAGGCCAAUGAUGAUCAUCACUGAGUAUAUGGAAAAUGGAGCACUGGAUACCUUCCUCCGGGAAAAUGAGGAAAAAUUUAGCCCUGUGCAGCUUGUGAGCAUGCUGCAGGGAAUAGCCUCUGGCAUGACCUACCUUUCAGAGCACAAUUAUGUGCACCGGGAUCUGGCUGCUCGCAACAUCCUGGUAACACGCAGCCUCCAGUGCAAGGUGUCUGACUUCGGUCUCUCCCGAAUUUUGGAGAAUGAUGCAGAAGGAACCUAUGAAACCAAGGGUGGUAAGAUUCCUAUCCGAUGGACAGCCCCUGAGGCCAUUGCCCAUCGCAUUUUCACCUCAGCCAGUGAUGUCUGGAGCUUUGGAAUCGUCAUGUGGGAGGUGCUGUCAUUUGGUGACAAGCCAUAUGGGCACAUGACCAAUCAAGAGGUGAUGAAAAGCUUAGAGGAUGGGUACCGGCUCCCCCCGCCUGUGGAUUGCCCAUCUAUCCUCUAUGAACUCAUGAAGAGUUGCUGGUCACACGAUCGGAUGAGGCGGCCUCAUUUUCAGGAAAUCCGGGCACAGCUGCAACAUUUCAUCUCAAGUCCCCAGCUCCUCCGGCCUGUUGCAGACUUUGAUCCCAGGGUAACACUCCGUCUCCCCAGCUGCAGCGGAUCCGAUGGGAUCCCCUACCGAUCCAUCCCUGAGUGGCUGGAAUCCAUUCGCAUGAAGCGCUACAUCUCCAACUUCCGCACUGCCGGCCUGGACACCAUGGAGUCCAUUCUGGAGCUCACUGCUGAGGACUUGAAACAGAUGGGAGUGUCACUUCCAGGCCACCAGAAGAGGAUCUUGUGCAGCAUCCAAGGCUUUAAGGAGUGAUCACUCGUUGCAUUCUUAAGUUUGAAAAAUGCCCAUCCUUACCAGAUAUCACUUGGAAUCAUUCCUAUGGCAAUUGCUUCCAAAUGAGUGACUGGACAAGCAAAGCAAAACAAAUAGAACUGAAAAAGCUCAUGAGGCAACACCACCUGCUCUCAUUUCUGUUCCCCCUUGCUUUAGCUCUACAGCAGCCAUCAGUCCGUUUCAGAGCACUGGUCUUCGAAACUAUUCUGUCUUCUGCAGUCCACUCUGUGCAGUGCUAAGUCGGCCCUGUAGUCCACAUAUUGGAGUUUCAGACCCUCAGUAUAUCACAUGGAAUACAAAGUGGGUGGAGGGUGGUGGAUAAUGUUUUAAGAUUGGAGAUGAGGUUCAAGAUAGACUGGGACAUUCAGGGAGCAGGCACAAGAAUACAGAUGGGUAGAGACAGGGCUCAUUCAUUUCUUGGCAUACAUUCCUUCUCACUUCAGCACCCUUCUGUCUUUCUUAUUUUGCAUCAGGAACAAACUAUUCAGUCCUUCACAAGGCUGCUAGUAAGGCAUAUAUUUUUUUAAUGCAGCUGUUCUUGCUGUGAACACCACCCUGUGGUGUACUUCUUUCUUUGGAGGAGAAACUGGGAGUAGAAGCACACCCUGCUGUAAGUUGUGUGUUCACAUGACCUCAGCAUGUUGCUGUUUUGCACAUGCACACUUCAGAGGGGAGAUUUAUGUAUCUCAAAACUGCUUAAUACCUUUUCUUAUGCCGUGGACAGAAAACCCUUUACAUAUCCAUUUUUCUCUGCCCCUUUUAAAAAGAGACAAUAGUCUUGUUUGGCUGGAAUAGGGUAUUUGUAACAGAAAAAUGUGUAGGUGGUCUGUCUUACUCCUUCUCUGUGGAGGAAAUGUUAUUAUUUAUCAGCUCUCAAGACAGUUAUAGUCUGUAAAUAAUAUUUUGUAAAUAAACCUGUGGCAGAGCA